CACACGACUGUAUUACAGUAAUGAGAGUCUAACGAGAAUCGCCAUUGAGAAAAAUGAAACAAAUUUUACUGUGAAAAAAGAGACAGAGCAAAACAUCUCUGCAAAAGAGGAAGUGGUUGUUCGUUUCCUCUUCUUCAGGCUUCUAAAUAUCACACCGCAUGACGUCAGUUUUUCCACUGACAGACACUCACAUAUACACGCAUCUAAAUAUAAUUUUAUGCUUCUACCGGGGCAAUAAAACAAGAUCAGGGAUUUUAGGGGGGGCGAGCGUAAAGUUAGUCACCUUAACUCACACUUCACCUCAUUUUAACAACUAAAUAUAAUUUAUGCACCAUGCAAAUCGUGAAGUGUGUCAAACCUCACCUCAGUGACUCCCACUUUACAAAUUACGUUUGUGAUUUAAGAACCUGUUUGGUGAACAUUACACUAUUCACUGCUUGUGAGAUCAUGAAUAAGGCUCACAUUAGAUCUCAUUAGUCACAGAUGAAUCAUUCAGACCGUGAAGACAAGACAUGAAACAAGGCCUCUCUACGACUGAACUUCAGUGUGAACAGCAGUCAUAGGCUUUAUAUGGGACUCCACUCAACAGCAGUGACGUCACCCUGCGCCUCAGCACGCCUCCCGUUUCUGGGCCGCUGUUGCUCUCCGUUACCGCGUGACUAACAGCAGCGCGGAGCUCCAUUGGUUCAGGCGCACGUCAGUCUGAAGUGAUACUAGUGCGGAGCCGCUACAAACUCCAACUCCAUCAGUGAAGAGAGAGCAAAGCAGGACGGGAGGAAAAUGCUGCGGGUCUCCAGUUCGGGACCGGCUCAGCGGCUCAGACUGAUCGAUAACUGAGACUGCGCGUUAAACGCGACUCCAAUUGAGCAGCUUGGGAUCGAGUGGACAUCUGAGUUCUCCGUGGUGUGCCAGCCCUCUGUGGUCUCUCCAUGCCUCCUUCUCCUCUAGACGACAGAAUUGUGGUGGCGCUGCCAAGGCCUAUACGACCUCAGGAACUCCGACUCCGCCUGGACACCAGCUACCUGGAAGCUACCGUGGGCACCGUCGGUCAGUCGACGGUCAUCAGCAGCACCACCGUGGUGAAGAUCCAGGCGACCAAGCUUUCGUAUAUGCCCUCGUCCAGCGGCUCCACGCGCUCGCUGACGUGUGGAUGCAGCAGUGCCAGCUGUUGCACGGUGACCACCUACGAGAAGGACGGCCAGGUCAGCGCCAGCAGCCCUAACUUGAACUCCGGAGUCGGUUAUGGGGUCCCGACGGUGGGCCACGGCGAGGCCUACAGCGCGCCCAGUCUCACCUCCAGCCUGACCAGGGGCGGCAUGCGGGUCAUCCACCCCAACGAGCUGGCCAAAAAGCUGACGCAUUGCCCGCUGGGCCACCCGGUGGGGCCGGUGCCCGUCAUCAUCGACUGCCGGCCCUUCAUGGAGUUUAACAAGAGCCACAUCCGGGGGGCCGUGCACAUCAACUGCUCGGACAAGAUCAGCCGCCGACGGCUCCAGCAGGGCAAGAUCACCGUCCUGGACCUCAUCUCCUGCCGGCAGAGCAAGGACUCCUUCAAGGGGAUUUUUUCCAAAGAGCUGGUGGUGUACGAUGAAAGCACGGUGGACCCGGGCCGGCUAACGCCGUCUCAGCCUCUGCAAGUGGUUCUGGAGUCGCUGCGGAGGGAAGGAAAGGACCCCAUCGUUCUUAAAGGAGGCCUCAGUGGUUUCCGACAGAGCCACGAUGAUCUGUGUGAACACUCUCUUCAUCUGGAGGAAGGACAGGACGGCAGUACCACGGUGGGCCUGUCGGGGGCGCUACCUCAUUCCCUGCCCUCCACACCGGACAUCGAGAACGCAGAGCUGACGCCCAUCCUCCCCUUCCUCUUCCUGGGCAACGAACGGGACGCUCAGGACCUGGAGCUCAUGCAGCGCAUGGACAUCGGCUUCAUCCUGAACGUCACCACGCACCUGCCGCUCUAUCACUACGAGCUCGGCCUGUUCAAGUACAAGCGCUUACCUGCCAGCGACAGCAACAAACAGAACCUGCGGCAGUACUUCGAGGAGGCCUUCGAGUUCAUCGAAGAGGCGCACCAGGCCGGCCGCGGGCUCCUCAUUCACUGCCAGGCCGGCGUGUCUCGCUCCGCCACCAUCGUCAUCGCCUACCUGAUGAAACACACCUGGAUGACCAUGACGGAUGCUUACAAGUUCGUCAAGUCCCGGCGGCCCAUCAUCUCACCCAACCUUAACUUCAUGGGCCAGCUUUUAGAGUUCGAAGAAGACCUGAACAACGGCAUCACUCCACGCAUACUCACACCCAAACUCACCGGCCUCGAGACCGUCGUAUAGCGGCUCCUUUCCAGACGGAGUAUGCUUGAUUUUUGGAUGAGGAAAACAAACAGCUUUUUGCUCUCCCGUCCGGUCAGUGUUCAGCCAAACACUGUGCUGCGGUCAUACGACGGCUCUUGGCCGCUGGUGCUGGCUAAAGCCCCCAGAGGAGGCUGGAUGUUCGCCUGUCUGAAGAAAUGAAGGCUUGUUUCAUUGUUCUUACUCUAUUUUUAUACACCUAAGGUGGCUUCACUGUGCAAUAAAGUCUGUGUGGAAAGCAGCCGGGUGCGUGAUGUGUAUAUAACGAGCGCGAGACUUUCAGUCCACCUGCGUAGUUGUGCGUUUUCAUACGUUUAGGCACUGAUUUAUGCUAGCUUUAUACAUGUUUGGACGCUUCUUUGUGUAUUUAUCUCAUUAGUAUCGCUGACAAUCAGAACAAACCUCAUUUGAAUGUCCUUUAGAAAUAACCCAUUGCAUGAUUAGGACAAAAACUAAAGUACUAUUAUAUCAUCAUCAGAAUAUAGCUAAAAUCAUCUGCUUGAGAAUUAAUGAGGCGUUUUAUUUGUUUGCAUUAACAGUUUUCAUGGUAGGUUGGUCAGCGUUGCACAUUCGCUCUCUGUAAGUGUGUGUUUGUGUGAAUGGGAUCCGUAUCUAUAUUACACUUCACUGUGUUUAACGCUUCAACUCUCUCCUGACCUCAAGCUGGCCAGAAAGAUGGAUGGAUGCUUGGGAAUUUCAGCUUCUUGCGAAAACACGUAAGAAUCGUGCCUCUAUUGGUGCCUUAACUCAUUUUCUUCUGACUUGUUUUGAGUGUGUGAAGAGGAAACGGCUUUAGAGGCGUUUCUGUGUUUUAAUCUCUGUGUUAGAAGAGUCAAAAGAUUGAUUUUGAUCACGGUUGUGUGUCGUUUUAAAUCACACGGUAUGUUCUUCUUUCUCAUAACAGAACUAAAACGCUGUGAAAUAA